AUGGGCACCAGCAGCAACAGCAACGCAGAGCUGAACCCUCGGACCACGCGGUUCGAGUUCUCAGGAGUCAUCGGGGCCACGUUCCUGUCCCUGUUCCUGCCACUCUUCACCGUGUGGAUCAACACUCGGAUCACCCCGGGGGCGUUGCUCCAACUAGAUCUGGUGUACUACUUUAACUGGGCGCAGUCCGCACACCUGUGGAUUCCCUACCUCGUGUGGUUCGUGACGCUUGCCCUUCUCGAUGUCGUCUUGCCCGGUAAGUGGAUGCUGGGCACGAAGCUACGUAACGGGAAGCAACUCAGUUACAAGAUCAACGGUAUAGCAAACUCGGCGCUCCUACUGCUUGUCCUUGCGACUCGUUGGCAGUUGACCAGUGGUCAGAUGCCAGAGUUGCAGUUCCUGUACCGUCACAACACAGAGAUCGCAGUCAUCACGAUCCUGUUCUCUCUGUACCUCGCUACGUUCUGUUACAUCAAGAGUUUCAUCCCGGGGACACUGCUCGCCUUGGGGGGGAACUCAGGGAACGUAGUGUACGAUUGGUUCAUCGGUAGAGAGCUGAACCCACGGUUAUGCGGUGGGCUGUUCGACAUCAAACUCUUCUGCGAGUUGAGACCAGGGAUGCUCCUGUGGUUUCUCGUCAACCUGUCGUGCCUACACCACAACUAUCUCGUCGUCCACGGCGGCGCUCACGUCAACGACGCUCUUUUGCUCAUCACUCUGAUGCAGAGUUUCUACGUCUUUGACGGGGUCCUCAACGAGGAAGGUUUACUGACCAUGAUGGACAUUGUCACCGAUGGGUUCGGGUUCAUGCUUGCGUUUGGCGACCUCACCUUUGUUCCCUUCACGUACUCGCUCCAAGCCCGGUACCUAAGCACUUGUACCCGCGACACAGGUGCGAGCAAACUCGCAGGGAUCGUCCUGCUCAUGGCCGUCGGUUACUACAUCUUCCACUCCGCCAACAAGCAGAAGUCAGACUUCAGACAGGGAAAGCUUACCCAAAUGAAGAGUAUCGCCACGGCAAGGGGCACGAAGUUGCUCUGCGACGGGUGGUGGUCUAAGUCACAGCACAUCAACUACUUGGGGGACUGGCUCAUCUCGCUCUCCUGGUGCCUCACCACAGGGUUCGAGACCCCAUUGACGUACUACUACUCGAUAUACUUUGCGAUCCUGCUUCUACACAGACAGGGCAGGGACGAGGAGAAGUGUCAGUCCAAGUACGGCAAGGACUGGGACGAGUACACGAGAAGAGUCCCCUACAAGAUCGUCCCAUACGUCUACUAG